GCCUACCUAGAAUGGACAUGACAUUGCAGUUGCCUCUGAAUCAAUGUACAAGUUUCCAUACCUACCUUCGACAUUUCGCCGUCCUAUUGUUUUUCACCAAGACUAUAUACGAGAAUAUGGCGAGUCCAUAUGUUUCUGCUCCGCUGGGAGCAUCUGAGUGGAAGUUCUGGGACGACACUGUCCCGACGAUUUGGCCGUCCGAUUCGACUCCCCCGGGGCCCAUCCCCGAACCCGCUGCUCCUGUUGAGAAGAAGGAUAUUGUAUCUGCCGUCUAAACUUCAUUCAUGGAGAUUCACUUUAUGCAUACCUGGUUUUCCGCAUAUGUGCAACCAUGAUUGGCUGUUGAGUCACAGUUUCACGCAAAUCACGGUCGUCAGAAGGGUGGCACAGCAUAUGCGGCAAGAUGCAGGUUUUCCAACACUAUCAUAUCCUGAUCAGGCAACUUCACUUUAGGUCAUUAUCACUUUCUCUCUACAAUGCACGAUAUUGAGUUUCA